GCCCAGCCCCUCCGGAGCACGGAGCAGGUUGUCGUGUGUCCGUGGGGGCUCAGGGUCGGAGCCCAGAGCAGCCAGCACCAUAGCGUCCAACAGCUGGAACGCCAGCGGCAGCCCCGGGGAGGGGCGGGAAGAUGGCCAGGACGGCAUGGACAAGAGUCUGGACAAUGAUGCCGAGGGCGUGUGGAGUCCGGACAUCGAGCAGAGCUUCCAGGAGGCGCUGGCGAUCUAUCCCCCCUGCGGCCGGCGGAAAAUCAUCCUCUCGGAUGAGGGCAAGAUGUACGGUCGUAACGAACUGAUAGCCCGGUACAUCAAGCUGCGGACGGGGAAGACACGGACGAGGAAGCAGGUGUCCAGCCACAUACAGGUUCUAGCUCGGAAGAAGGUGCGGGAGUACCAGGUUGGCAUCAAGGUCUCUAGCCACUUGCAGGUUCUUGCCCGACGGAAAUCUCGUGAGAUUCAGUCCAAGCUGAAGGCCAUGAACUUGGACCAGGUCUCGAAGGAUAAGGCUCUGCAGAGCAUGGCUUCCAUGUCCUCCGCGCAGAUCGUGUCGGCCAGCGUCCUGCAGAACAAGCUCAGCCCCCCUCCUCCUCUUCCUCAGGCCGUCUUCUCUGCUGCCCCCAGGUUUUGGAGUGGGCCUAUCCCAGGACAGCCUGGACCCUCUCAGGACAUUAAACCGUUUGCACAGCCAGCUUACCCCAUCCAGCCACCCAUGCCUCCAUCACUAGCCAGUUAUGAGCCCUUGGCUCCGCUCCCGCCAGCCGCCUCGGCCGUGCCCGUCUGGCAGGACCGCACCAUCGCCUCCGCCAAGCUCCGGCUCCUUGAGUACUCCGCUUUCAUGGAGGUGCCGCGGGACGCCGAAACGUACAGCAAACACCUCUUCGUGCACAUCGGCCAGACGAACCCCUCGUACAGCGAUCCGCUGCUGGAGGCCGUGGACAUCCGCCAGAUCUAUGACAAGUUCCCCGAGAAGAAAGGUGGCCUCAAGGAGCUCUAUGAGCGUGGGCCCCAGAACUCCUUCUUCCUCGUCAAAUUUUGGGCGGAUCUGAACAGCACGAUCCAGGACGGGCCGGGGACUUUUUACGGUGUCAGCAGCCAGUACAGCAGUGCAGAGAACAUGACCAUCACGGUCUCCACCAAGGUGUGCUCCUUUGGGAAGCAGGUCGUGGAGAAGGUGGAGACGGAGUACGCACGGCUGGAGAACGGCCGGUUCGUCUACCGCAUCCACCGGUCUCCCAUGUGUGAGUACAUGAUCAACUUCAUCCACAAACUCAAGCACCUCCCGGAGAAGUACAUGAUGAACAGCGUCCUGGAGAAUUUCACCAUCCUGCAGGUUGUUACGAACAGGGAUACCCAGGAAACCUUGCUCUGCAUAGCCUUCGUUUUCGAGGUCUCCACCAGCGAGCACGGCGCCCAGCACCACGUGUACAAGUUGGUCAAGGACUAG